AUGGAGAUGGUGAGACCUUUGAAUCUUGAGAAAGGAGCUCAAGAUAAAUAUGCGACGGGAUUACCAUUUUGUCACCUCACCCUUUUACCCACCAAUCGUUGUAUCGUUGGAUCAUGGCGAAGGAGACCAAAGAGUGACCGGAGAUCGGGGUUUUGGAGUGUUGAUUGCCUCACAUUAUCGUUACGUUCACCUCACACCCACUUCAUCAUCAAUUUCCUUCUAGGGUUUGCAGAAAACAAGGGAAGGGGAAUGGAAAGAUAAGUGGAACAUGAAAGGAAAUAAAGGAGAAAGAAGAAGAAUGAGAGAUGCAAUGAUUUCAAUAGCAGCGGUGGAGUCCUGGUUUUCGUUGAGUUGUGUUCGCCAGAGCUAAGAGGUGUCUAGGUAAGAAGAAAGGCAUGAGAAGAAAGAAACACUGAAGUUUAAAGGUGCCGGGGUAGGGUAGUAUUAGAUUUAUGGAAUAGUGGGGAUGAAACUCAUGUGUACAAAAAGAAGCAGGCACAAGAGUGUGAGAUGCUCUAGCACUGUGCUGCAUAUGCGGAGGUGGAAAGAAACAACCACCAAAGCGAUUGUGGUAGAGAGAUUUAGGUGCUUCUUGAAUUUUGUAAAAAAAAACUUUUUCAGAAUUCUUAUUGUUGCGCGGUGCAGCACACGCGCAACACUUUUGAUCUCGCAGUUGUUUGUUUUUUAGAAGUCUUCAGAAUAAAAAACUUAUGUGUGUG